AUGGCAUCAAAAAAGUCGGAGAAAGCCUCACGUUGGUACUUUGGAGGGUUGGCAAGUGCUGGAGCAGCAUACUGCACACAUCCUCUAGACCUGCUGAAGGUGCUCUACCAGACGGACAUGCGUAGCAACGUGUCGAUGAUUCAAUUGUCACGUGAAAUCAUUCGGGACGAUGGCAUAAGGGCACUGUAUAGUGGCGUUUCUGCGGCAGUAUUACGCCAACUUACCUACUCAACGACACGUUUUGCGAUUUAUGAAAUCGGCAAGCAAUCAAAGUACGGCAAGGACAGCGGCUUUUUCGGUAGAAUCGUAAUGGCCGCUAUCGGUGGUACGGUCGGGGGUUUCGUUGGUUCUCCCGCGGAUCUGAUCAAUGUGCGCAUGCAGAACGAUGUGAAACUACCGCCGGAAAAGCGCAGAAACUACAAAAAUGCAAUCGAUGGCAUCAUUCGUGUGUGGCGCGAGGAAGGAUUCCGGAGACUGUUCGCUGGUGCUAGUUCGGCCACCGCCCGAUCGGUGUUUAUGACCAUCGGGCAGCUUACGUUCUACGAUCAGGCCAAGUACACGUUGUUUGAAACUGGCUACUUUACCGAUAACAUCGGUACGCAUUUCCUUGCCUCGGUUAUUGCCGGUGGCAUUGCGACUACAAUGACGCAACCGAUCGAUGUCGUCAAAACGGUUAUGAUGAAUGCGAAACCCGGGGAGUUUAGUAGCAUUGGUGCAAUUUUGCGACAUAUAAGCAAGUUGGGACCCGUUGGGUUUUUCAAAGGAUUUGUUCCCCGGUUCAUCCGACUUGGGCCCCACACAGUGCUGACGUUUAUAUUUUUAGAGCAGCUGCGAAUUAAUUUCGGUGUGUUAAAGUCACAAUGA